UAUUCAGCCGCCAUGUCACCGAGUUCGCUGUUUGUCGUUCUGACCCUUGGCGGCUUUUGUGUCGCUGCACAGAUACCUGGAGGCUACAACGACAUAAAUGUGAAUAGUCCGGAGGCUAAAAAGGCAAUGCGGUUUAUCGUUAAAGAGAGGCUGAAACAGUCAAACGAGAAAGUCGUCGUGGUGAAGGUCACUCGUGCAGAGAAACAGGUGGUCAAGGGUUUCAACUACAGGCUGACAUUUGAGGCUCGAAUAUGCAAGAAAGGGAAGGUAUGCGUUUCAACAGAGAACGAGCCACCGCAACACUGCGUGGCAGUUGUCUUCCAAGCACUGAAUGGAAAGCGUGGGCUCACUUCAUUCGAAUGCCACAAGCCCUCGUCGAAGCCUUGACGUCUUCCAAGGGUAUAGCCCUUACCCUGUGCCUCGUUUCGAUCUACACUCUCAACGCAAUAUGAGGAAAUAAAGUCUGCGAUGAAAGUGUGAAACCUGA